GACUUGUGAGUCUAUUUUGGUAUUUUCUGAGCUGUGGCUCAGGAACCCGGCCGCACCAGAACUCCUGGACAUGGACUCCAGCAGGCUUUGAGUCCGGGUUCCGGUUGUUUCCUCCACACCUCAAUAGGAAAACUAUCAGGGACCUUCGGGAGCCUCAGAGUUCUAGUGAUGCUGUUGGAACCUCAGAGGAUUCUGGACCGAGCAUGACGGACCCGUCACCAAGGCUCCCUGGUUUUGGUCGGAGCUGAAGUCCAGACCCGCCAUGCCCCCCGCCCCCCGUCACUGACGCCAUGAGCUGUGUGGAAAAGCGACACCGGGACCACCGGGUGGGAAGCAUGCUGCACCACCGCUUCCCCAACGGCUUCAGCGACCUCUUCAUGGACGAGACGGACCGCGAGGUCAGCAGCCUGACCGACCGGGCCUUCCGCAGCCUGUGCGUGGGAGACGACGCCGUCUACAGCGACGACUUUCUGUCAGGAUACUCGCCCUUCAGCUGUCACAAACCGCUGGCCGGCGAGCCGUUCCGGAAGAAGCCACAGAAACACAAACACGACAAGAGCGACGCCAAGCCCUGGAAAGAGCAGCAGAAGAAGAACAUGUCGUCGCUGCUCAGGGCCCUGAGCGCCGCCGAGGAGAGCUGCGAGGGGAUGCUGAUGAGGAACGGCGUCACGGCCGACUCCAACGGGGAGUCCUGGGACAAAUCUGCCCUUCGCAGCAUCCAAAAGGAGCUGUCGGAGUUCUCCUCCAGCUAUCACAGCAGCCUCACCUACAAACAGAACCAGAAUCCUUCUAACAAAGACGUCAGUCUGCCGUCUGGGAAAUCCUCCAAAACCAAAAACGGGAAAGCUGCAGUCAAACUGCGGAAACUCAACAUCAAGAACUUCUUCCUCCACAGUGAGUUCAGUCCUUUCCAAACAUGGACGGACUUUAACCGCUUCCCCUUCAGCCGGGAGGACGCCGUCUCCAACAUUCUGUCUGCAGAAAUCCCCCCCAAAUGGUACCACCUGCCGUUUUAUAAGGAGCUCACCGAAGAGGAGCCCGAGGAGGCCCGAACCCGCCCCGUCGCUCCCCCUCCUCCCCCAAAGCUCCUGCCCAAGCCUGCAGCACCCCCGCCUGAGAAGAGGUGCUCCUCAGAGGGAGGGGAGGGCUCUGCCGCCCCCUGGAGGCGGAACAGGUCCAGGGCAAAGAGCGCCGUCCCUGCCAACCCUGCAGCACCUACAGCCCAAGACACGGAUCCAAAAGCAGCAGAUGAGAGUCUGCUGUCCUUCAAAAAGGAGGUGAAGGCCGUCGAGGAGGUCAGCUCUCUGGCCUCCACUCCCUUCAGCAUCUGCCAGCUGAUGACGCCCGUCAUCCCCUCCAGACAGCCGACAGAGACGUCAGAGGUCCUGCAGGCUGUCCUCUCACCCUCCGCCUUGGACCUUCCAGGAAGGUCUCAGUCUGAGGCCAAAGGGACGCCCGAGCCUCCAGUCAGGCGGGAAACCUACAAAUCACUGGCUUCCAGCAUCCUCUUCAACCUGAAGGACAACCGCAAACGGGUGAAGAGCCGCUACAGCCCGCCCAAGUUCAGAACGCUGGAGUUACCGGAGGAGAGCCCAGAGUCUCCGCCCUCAGAGAAGCUCUUCCACCUGGGCUCUGAGGGGAACCCCUCCGGCUUAAACACACCGGCCACUCAGGCUGUUUGGAGUCCCAUUCUGGAGGAUUCCAACCCGGAUCCCACAAAACCAGCCGACAACAGGCCGCUGCCGGACGACUAUUUACUCGCAAAUCUACUGCAGAGCAAAUGGGACGAGAACAUUGGCUCUCCGUUGCGACAUCGGAAAGCAAACAAGAGCCCCACGAGUAGAAAGCAGAGCUACCCCUCCCUAAAUCUGUACAGGAAAGCCAGUCCAGGCAGCGACGACCUGAAAGAAUGUCUGAGCAGCAGCGCGGUGCCGCAUGCCAACCCACCAAACGACGCGCAAGACAGACCUGCAGACCUGCCAAAAACCACACCGCUUUCACCGAGGGAUCUGAUCCCCGCUAAAGAUCAUCCAACCGCAGUUUCCCCUGAAAGAGCCGACGAGAAAAGACCCCCGAAGGUCCCGGAGAAAACAAAACGGGCGUUGAAAGAUGAGGAAGAGAAAGGCUCUGAAGAUCAGAAGAAGAAAGAGGGCGGUGGUCCAACGGUGAGCGCCAUGGAUGUGAUCAGAGCUGCAAGAGAAGCCAUCAGUGUGGCUAAGAAUAAAGCCUGGUUCGCAGGUGGUUCAGACUCAGAGGUCCUGCAAGAAAUGGAGGACCGAGUUUCCAAAGAACCGUCCAGAAGCAAGAAAGAAGAUCCGGAAGCAGAAGAAAGUAACAAAAAGAAAGAAACUUUGGUUGGAAAGAACAACCACAGCAGCAAAGAGCCACCCCCAGUUCCAAAGAGGAAUUUCACCAAAUCAGACCUCCAGCUGCCGCUCGACAAACAUCCAACACACGAAGCCGACAAAAGCAGCAGCCCAAAGGAAACCGAGUCAGUCCCAAAGGAAAGGAAAGAAGGCAAACACGCCUUCUCAGCCCGACAGAACAACUACAUCAAGAACCAGAGAUGUGCAGAGCAGGUGGACGAUGGAGCAGAGGAGGACGGAGAAGGAAAGCCGCAUGUGGAGGCCGGAGUGAGGGUGGAUGAAAGGAUCAUAGCAGGAGAACGACCAGAUGGACGGCACAUAGAGAACAAUUUACAGGCUCUGAAGGAGCUGGAGAGAGCGAGGCUGGGGGACGGCCCGCUGGAGGGGGAGCGGCAGAUUCAAACCAUAGAAGAAGAAGCCAAAGCCAAGAACGACUUGAUCUGCAGGCAGCUUCAGAGCAUCAAGAAGGAGAUGCUGUCCAUGAGGGGCAACACCUCCUCCAAGAGGGAGAUAUUUGCAAAGAAAGAGAAGGAGCAGAGCAAGCAGGAGACCGGCACAAGGGCGGACGGGAACGCCAGCAGAACUCGGCUGAACGACAACUACGACAGAGCCAAGAUGGCGCUGGAGGAGGUCAUUUCUGAGCGGGAGCGGAGGAGGACUGAGCCCAAAGAUCAGGACGUGAGGUCAGGAUUUCCAAACAGUUCUAUGGAGAAAACCUCUGUGCAGCGGGGUAAGACAGCUGAUGACGGCGUCCGGGAAGAGGUCGGAUCCUCCCGGAAACCGCCGGAACCCAAAGACGACCUCCAGCAGAUCCUCUCCCAAACCGAAGCCACUGAGACCCAGAGAUCAGGCGGCACGAUGGCGCCUCCAGGAAUAGACAGAUUCGCCGAGCAGCUGAACUCAAAGCGGAAAGCUGCAGCCAACCAGCAAACAGCAAAUGAUCAUGUGAUCGAGAGGGGAGAGAACGCCAAAAAGUUAGAGACUCCUCGUGUUCCCCCCAGAAACAAAAAGGGACACAAGAGAGACGAGAGCUCGGCCAAAGAGAAGGGCGACGUCUGUCCUAAAGAGACAGAAGCUGGAAAACCAGACGAGCAGGUGAAGGGGAGACCUCCGGGUCCGGAGAGGAGUCCAGAAGAACCAUCCGGUCCACACACAAAUGAGACCUCCUCAACCGGACCUGACGGGUCAAUGUGUUUGUCCCCCAACGUCAGAUCCAAAGACGUGAAGAAGAUGAGUUUACAGGUAAAGACCAGCCCAGUGAAGGAUGGAAACCUCUGCAUCUCCGAAGCUCCGGAACCAUCUGCAGCGAAGCAAACAAGUCCUUCAGAACCAGAACCCAGAAACCCGACAGAAAACCCAACAGCAGAGGAAGAACAGGAAAAAGGUCUCCUCGAGAGUCCCAGAAACUUCGUUUCACCUGUACUGCAGGUGAAUGGUGUGCCCCUCCCCCAAAGCCCCCCCGACCAGGCCAGCCUGUCCUCCAAAUCCUCCUACUUCUCCGUGGAGAGCACGCUCCUCAGGAGCACCGAGACGGAGUCCAACAUCUACCACUCUUUGGAGACUUUGACCGGAGAGCUGGAGGAGGCGGAGAAAGCAGGGGGGGUCGUUUCAGAGGUGGAGUGUUUCAGUGAUCAGGAGGUGAAGGAGGAGGUCCUAAAACCUCCAAAAGAACCGGGCGUCCAGCAGAACAUCAGAGAGAAGUCCAGUCAGGAAGAACCCGACUCCACGUCUUCUAAGACGUUUUCUCCAACGUUUUCUCCGACUUUGGGAAUCCCGGCUCUGUUCAAAGUCAAAGACAACAGCGUCAGGCUGAAGAAGGCCACGCCCCCCUGGACUCCCAAGGCGAAGCGCCCCGAGAAAAUACAGGAAGUUCCGGUGGUGACUGAAAACCCGGAGCUCCGAGUGGAAAAAGAAGCUAUCCACAGUGCAGAGCCAGAAGUGGUCAUGUCUGAAGAGACUUCCUCAGACCAGACGUGGAACCUCCCACCUUCAAGCCUCCAAACCCAAAACCCCAACAAACCCCCACCUGAAGGGUUCCUCGCCGUUCCUCAGGAGGAUGAUGGGUUUUCUAGGCUGACUCCAUCUUCUGAAGGAGUGGACAGCGCCACCACCAGCACAGCCGACACCGUCAACGAGGUGGUGAUGAGCAACGGAGCUGCAGCUGAGCAUGCCGACGCCAAAGCUCCGAGCGAACGGUCGGGCUCUACCUGCAGCGGUAAUGACAGCCAAUCAGGGCUCCCCAAACCUCCGGCUGUACUGCCCAAAACUGAGAAGGCGGUUCUAAAAGCCAUCAGGCUGACGAACAGGAGGAUGAAGAAGGAGGAAGCCCAGAAGUCCUCCAAGUCCUCUCAAAGCAGGAGCAAAGCGGAGCGGCACAGACGGGACAAGUCUGAUCACAAUGGUGUCAAACCGAGUAAGAAUGACGAGAAGAAACACGGAGAGAAAACCGGAGACAGUCGCAGCGGGAAAGAGGACCGAUCCAAACCCACCAGCACCCAUCCCAGCCAAGCACAAGCAAACCAGACGUCCCUCGCACAGACCCGGGAUUCAGCGGAGAGCCGAGGCAGAGACCGGAGAUCCGGAGCAGCACCGGACAGACGAGGCCGCAGCAGCGGCGGGAAUCCUCCUCCGAGUCCUGAGAGGAGGGACAGCAGCAGGGACAGGGUCAUCAGCAGCCUCCCCGUUUACAAAGCCCAUGUGGCGGAGAGGUCGGCGUCCGACCGGCCCUUCAACCGGUCACAGAGCAUUGACCGGUGUUUGGGGGGCAGAGCGGAACGCCGGCUGAGUGCUGAUGCUCCAGCCAGCGACAGGCUCGAUCCCAGAUCCGAGCGCAUCGAGAAGUCUAUCAUGGAGGAGCUGCAGCAGAGAGGGAGGGCCCGAGACAAGCCCGCACGCGAGAACCCGCUAAGGAGGAGCCACAGCAUCGAUGCCUAUGGCGUAGAGGCACACCACCCGGCAUCGCUGUCCCGCCAGUCCAGCCACUCUGGUCAGUUUUCCCGUCAGUCCAGUGUGGAGCACACCAUCGUCACACAGUCCUUCCCCAUAUCCCAGCGGAAGAUCCUCCAGGAUCCAGACUCCGGACAGUACUUCUUUGUGGACCUGCCAGUUCAAGUCAAAACCAAAACCUUCUUUGAUCCAGAGACUGGAAGCUACGUGCAGCUUCCAGUUCAGCCACCAGAGGGCGCUUUCCCUCAGCCCUCCCCAAUGGAGGUCCUGACACCCCCCAUGGUGGUUUACCACAGCUUUGUGCCCGUCCCUCUGUCCCCCAUGGCCCAGAAGGCCACCAUCCACCACGUGGAACCACACGAGCAGAGACACAUGGACAGGUCGAGGCCGCCGCCCUGCCUGGAGGGACGUCCGUAUCUGGAACCAGCUUACGGUCAACACGAGCGCGUGAUGGUCGGGGAGUUUCUGGGCACGGAGGGGCUGGACUGUCCCAGCUGACGGGCGAUUGUUGCAUUCCAGAAGUUCUUUUUGUGAUGCUUUAUCAGGGCUGACAGGUUUCCAACGACUCCUCUCCAGCGGUUUGUUCCACAUUUGAGGUUUGGAAAAAGCAGAUCUGGAAACUAACCUCAAACACAAACUGAUGGUUUGUUCUAGUUCUUGAGACUUUGGGAUUGUUCCUCCAACAUGCCAUGAAAUCAGGAGGUAGAAUCAUAUUGAACUGGACUGAGAGGCCCCACCCCAAUGGCUGGAAGUACCUGAGGAACCCCCCAAGACUUCAAUAGAGAAAUAACCAAUCAUUCUAUUGGUCAGAAUAACCAUUUUUGAUCGGAUACUUUUUUACAUCUUCUUGAAAAUCUGAAGUUUUCUUGAUAUUUUUCUGUAGUUCAAGUUAUUUAAGUUAUAAACUGACCAAUCAGAUGUCUCACUAAAAGUAGGCGGAGCCUGCUGGCCCCCACCAAAACAAUUAACUGACAGAUUCAACUGAGUAGUAGGGGUGUGGCCUUACCAAAAAGCUCACUCCUGAUUGGUCAGAGUGGUUGUCAUAGAAACUCAGACCGACUCAGACUGAUCAUCGCUUACUGAUGGCGUCUGGUUCCAACAUGGCGGCGUCCGUGUCACUUUGAAAUGGCAACUGUGUUUACUUCAUGUGGUUGAAGCCAGAACAAACCAUUUUCUAUAGGGGUGGUGUCACACUCUCGGUCCAGUUCUCAUAAAGACAGCUGAUCCAAACACCCAAAUGUUACCACUUGCUAUGCAGUUUUUGAAUGAAACCAGGUUUAUUUUUGCAGAUCAGAUCAAACGGAGUUUUGAUCUGGUGAUGAUUACUGAAGCCUUGAAUGAAAUGCCAGUUCAAAUACUUUGAAAUGUCAAAAUGUGUGGACGGUUAUUCAGUUUAAGUGAAGACCUGUUGGAACGUAGAAAAGACUUGAUCAAAUGUAACAGAGAUGACGUGUGAAGAUGUAAGUUUUCCUUUUUGUAAAUCUGAUCUUUGGUGCGUUGAACGAUGGACUUUCAGUCAUGUUUUGUUAUUUCAGCUUACCAUCAUUUUGUUUUUAUGAAUGUAAACGUUAGCCAAAAGGGUUCGGAUUAUCCGGUUAUUUGGUGUACCGCUUUGAGCCGUUUGACCGUUGACCGAGUCCUAAUAGUUUUUAACAGGAAAAUUUCUUCUCCGAUUCUGAGGCGUUUUUGUCAUUUUUUUGCAUGAUACAGCAGCUUAAAGAAUGUUCAUUUAAAAAUGUUGGUAUUAAACCAACAAAUGUUUUCUAAUGUGGACUGAACUGGUAUUGCAGGUUAGUUUGGCCUUUUCCCAGCUAGAAGCAAGCGGGCUUGUCUGUGUCUGUGAUCCAUUCCAAUAAAAUACAGAAAAAACA